AUGCGACGCGUCCUCGGCCCCAAAUCUCAUAGCAAGUGGCAAAACAUAUCAAUGAUGAUAGGCUGGUGCUUACAUCUUGCUGAGGCCGACAGGUCUGUUUCGUUACCAAGGCCUUGGAAUGCUACGGAUGCGGAGUUGUCUGCGAGGUUGGAAGUAUGGGGGGUACCAGCGUUUGUCAGUGUAGCUCUAUUGGGUAUGCCGUCGGAAGAGAGUCGAUGGGAUUCCGAAUCGGUUUCCAAAUGGCAGAAGGAUGAAGAGAGGAUAUUGGGGGAGGUGAAAGACUUUUGGUAUGAGCAGCAAGAUGAUCCAUCCCAAGCAGGGGCAUCCAACACUGUUGAAUGCAGUGCCGAGGUCCAGUAUGGGAGUUCUGAGACUCCGUAUAGGCUACAGGAGAAUGCAUUGGGUCCCUUGGGAGUGAUGCACGCAUCGGGAGGACUUGAAGACUUUGGGCCCGUACCUCAGGGUAAUCUUCCUCGGGAGGAAAAGUCCAGUCGGACUGGCAGCAGUAGAAAGAGGUCAUACGAAACGGAAGCGAAUAUAUCGGAGGGGUUAAAUGGGCUGGGAGGGUUCGACAACUCCGGGUAUAGGGAGCCAAGUAAGCGUGUUCGAAGGGGGGGAUCCAGGAGUGUUGGUAACUGUACCAAGAGGCCGCACGAGACGGACUCGGAUACAUUGGACAUGAUAUCCGACCUAGAAGAGCUCCAGGAAACUAUGAAGGAUUGGGUAGAGGAGAUAUCCAGCGAGCGAAAACAGCUCAAGAAGCUAAAUAAGAAGUUAAGAAAGGGGAGAUCCAGGAGUGUUGGCAACAGUACCAAGAACCCGUACAAGUCGGAAUGGGAUGGUUCAGACCCUUGA